AGUGCUAUGCUGCUUGGCAAGGAGAAAUGGAAGGUGGUGUCAGUGACUAGAGAUUAGGGACGGUGGAAUUUUGCGUUUGUUACGCAGCAGCUGCGGCAGGUUGUUUCAGCACAAGGGGCAGAGUCCACACGCACGGAAUGAACUGGCACUAGUAACAGGAAAAGGGACAGAGCGGGAGAGAGCGAGGAGAUAGGAGGCACAAGAAGAAGAGACAGUGACAAGCAAUCAGACUGUAUCAGAUUGUGUGGAAAAUCUGACCAAGGAAAAGACGCCUCUGGAAUAAGCUGUCUCCUGCGGGCCCGCCCCCACCUUUUUUUUUUUUUUUUUUCCCCCCUAUCCCAGCCAAACAUUGCUGGAAGGAAAGUGUGCGUAUGUAAAUUACUUCAGUUAAUCCUUGCUGUCUCUGCUACAAAGAGGACUCAUUUGCCAUGGUGAAAGAAAAAGUGGCCCAUUCCCAAGAACCUCACCACUCCACUGAGAAGCCUGUCAUCCACUGCCAUAAAUGUGAGGAGCCAUGUAAAGGCGAAGUGCUCCGUGUCCAGUCCAAGCAUUUUCACAUCAAAUGCUUCACCUGCAAAGUGUGUGGCUGUGACCUGGCCCAAGGAGGUUUUUUCAUUAAGAACGGGGAAUACCUCUGCUCUGUGGAUUACCAGCGCAUGUAUGGAACCCGCUGCAAUGGCUGUGGGGAAUUCGUGGAAGGAGAAGUAGUGACAGCUCUGGGAAAAACCUACCAUCCGAACUGCUUUGCCUGCACUGUUUGCAAACGCCCGUUUCCACCAGGAGACCGGGUUACCUUCAAUGGAAGGGAUUGUCUCUGUCAAAUGUGUGCUCAGCCAAUGUCAUCCAGUCCAAAAGAGAUUUCCAGCUCAAGCAAUUGUGCUGGCUGUGGAAGAGAUAUAAAAAAUGGCCAAGCGCUACUAGCACUGGAUAAGCAAUGGCACCUGGGAUGCUUUAAGUGCAAGGCCUGUGGCAAGGUCCUGACUGGGGAAUACAUCAGCAAGGAUGGUGCUCCUUAUUGUGAAAAGGACUACCAGGUUCUCUUUGGGGUCAAAUGUGAAGCGUGUCACCAGUUCAUCACUGGGAAGGUCCUAGAGGCAGGUGACAAGCAUUAUCAUCCGAGCUGUGCACGAUGCAGCAGAUGCAACCAAAUGUUCACGGAAGGAGAAGAAAUGUACCUGCAAGGUUCCACUGUAUGGCAUCCCGACUGUAAGCAGUCCACUAAGGCAGAAGAUAAGCUACGGCUGUUCUCACCGCCUUGCAUAAUGAACUCAAUCAAAAAACUAAGGCAGCCUACAAGAACAUCAUCUGAAAGUAUUUAUUCCAGACCAGGUUCCAGUAUUCCUGGCUCACCAGGCCAUACUAUCUAUGCAAAAGUAGACAAUGAGAUCCUUGAUUACAAGGAUUUAGCAGCUAUUCCCAAAGUCAAGGCCAUUUAUGACAUUGAACGUCCAGACCUAAUUACUUAUGAACCAUUCUACACUUCCGCCUACGAGGAGAGACAGGAGAGACAGAGUCUUGGAGAGUCUCCAAGGACACUGUCUCCCACCCCGUCUGCAGAAGGUUAUCAGGAUGUUCGGGAUCGGAUGAUUCACAGGUCAACCAGUCAGGGCUCUAUUAGUUCUCCGGUGUAUAGUCGACACAGCUACACUCCCACGAUGUCACGCUCCCCUCAGCAUUUCCACAGACCUGCUUCAUUCUACAUAGGCAAUGAGCCGUCCAGCGGUCGGAACUCCCCUGUCCCUUAUCGGCCAGACAGCCGCCCUCUAACUCCAACUUACGUUCAGGCCCCUAAACAUUUCCAUGUUCCAGAUCAAGGCAUCAACAUUUACAGGAAACCACCGAUCUACAAACAACAUGAUGCAACUGCUUUGGCAGCACAGACCAAGUCCUCCGAGGAUAUCAUCAAGUCCUCCAAGUUCCCAGCAGCCCAUGCUCCAGCACCCAACGAGAUACCAAAGAUUGAGACAGACCACUGGCCAGGUCCUCCCUCACUUGCGGCUGUAGCAGGAGCCGACAUGAGACGCAGAUCAAGUGGCAGAGAGGAAGAAGAUGAAGAGCUACAGAGACGUCGGCAGCUACAGGAGGAGCAGCUUAUGAAGCUUAACUCUGGUCUGGGGCAAUUGAUACUGAAAGAAGAAAUGGAAAAGGAGACUCGCGAUAGACCAGCUCUUUCAGCCAGUCGUUACGAUUCUCCAGUUAAUUCAUCCUCACAUGCCUCGGCCUCCAAAACCUCCUCCCUCCCUGGCUAUGGAAGAAAUGGACUGCACAGGCCGGUGUCUACAGACUUCGGUCAGUACAAUAGUUAUGGGGAUGUGAGCAGUGGUGUUCGAGAUUUCCAGUCCCUCCCGGAUGGUCAUGUCCCCGGAAUGAGAAUGGACAGAGGAGUGUCUAUGCCUAACAUGUUGGAACCAAAGAUUUUUCCAUAUGAAAUGCUCAUGGUGACCAACAGAGGGCGAAAUAAAAUAUUACGGGAUGUAGACAGAACCCGGCUUGAGCGUCACUUAGCACCGGAAGUUUUUCAAGAAAUAUUUGGCAUGACAAUACAAGAGUUUGACAAGUUACCUCUUUGGAGACGCAACGACAUGAAGAAGAAAGCAAAACUCUUUUAAUUCACUCUACAUUUAUAGCCCUUUAAACAAAACAAAACAAAUUGCAUAGGAUAUUGUAUGAUAAAGUCCAAAUUCUCUUUGGAGAGCAACUUACUCAUCCACCAAAAAGGGAAAAUCUGACAAAGGCACCUGUAUUCAUAGCAAUUGGGCCAAGAUGAACAUUUGCCAAUGGGGUAAAAAUUUCUGUGUUCAGAAACUCGAUGGUAGUUUUCACAUGUGUAAACUUUUUACAUGUUGUAUACAUGAUAGGAAGCGGUUCUUUUCUUCUCCCUCAAUAAUAUUCCCUUUUUUUUUGUCCCGAAUAUGACGAACUUUAUUGCUAGAGCCAGGAAGUGCUCUUAGGAUGCCUAGUAGAAUGAAAGAAUUGUAAUCAUUUCAAGAAAUGAAUAUAUAUACAUAUAUUCUGUAGUAUACCCAUAUGGUAAAAUUAAUCCUUUUUGCACACCAUUUCUUAACUGGCACUGUUUUAAAAGGGCAUAUUCUUUCUGUUAUGAAAGAACGAGGUAGGCAGUUUGCUCUGUUCCGCUGCAUACCAACCAAAUUAUUGGAAAACAGAUUCCCUGCUUGUACUUGUACUACAUAUAUGCUAGGAUAUCAAUAGUGAAUUGCUGUGUAUGUUUUCAGAUCUUCCCUCCUCCAUACUUUCUGCUUUAAUUAACAUGGGCCUGGGCUUUACUAGUCAUUUAAGUAAAGGGAAUGGUGUAGGAGUGGCAGUUUUCUUGUUGUUUAGUCUGGGGAUUUAGGGUGGGUGGAGGGAAUGAAAGGGUUAAAAGGAAAUUCUUCUAAUGUAUGCUCCGGUGCACACCCACAGACUUUGGGCCAAAUUCCCUGCUACUGAAAAACGGCUCAGCUGCACUGAGUUGCACCAGCAGAGAAUUUUUUUCUGUGUGGGCAGACAUGCGAUUUAACCCCUUUUGGCAGAGGAAGGGAGGCUUCUGUGUGAAAUAGCCCUAUCUUGCACCAUGUUCUCCCAGUACAGUCUCAUUGGUUAAAUCACUGUUGCAGACAUUGAGGAUACUGCACAGUGUAUCAAGUUGAGCACUUCUUUUGUUGUUUGUUACCGUGUUUUCACUUAUGCUUUGAAAAGAGGGUUUGGAAUUUCUUUCAUGCUACAAAGAUGCAGCCUUGGGAUUUUGGUUUUUUGUUGUUUUUUUUCCUUUGUGCCUGGCAUGCUUUGUAGGAUGCAGGAAGUCAUGCAGGAUAGUUUUUUGAAUCGAGUUAUGUUUAUUAUUGUUUGCAUUCUUUUCCCACUGUGCUCCAGAGUGUGAGGAUUGUCUGUAUAUAACUUCACUGCUUGGAAGGCAGGUUGUAUUCACACGAGGACAUGAGGAACACAUUAACUUCCCCGAAUGAAUGUUUAGCUGCUGAAAGGUCAGCGUCUUCUCUACAUUGAUGCUGAACUGCCAAUGUAUCCCUCUCUUUUAUGAGUGUGCUAGUCUACAAAGGGAUGUCAAGAUUUUCCUUUUAGAUUUGAUAGUCCUCAUGGGAGACACCAGAGGCUUUUGUGUUUUCUGUUAAUGAGGACUAACACAUACACAUCAGGAGGAGGAGGUGGUUAGGUCUGUAAGGUCGUGUAGGAGUUGUGAGAUUCUGGAUCAUUGCAUUGAGUUCUGCACUUCUGCUCCAGCAGGACAGCAUGCUGUCCUAUAAUUAAUCUUCUCAGUGUGCAGAAUUAAGCAAAUCCUGCUUUCUGUUUGCAGUCCCAGAGAGGCCUGAUCCAACAGAACCAGUGCUGUUCCACUGAAGAGAUCUGGGCAGUGGGUUUAGUAUUUGGAGGACCUAUCCAGGGGAUCCAUACAUCCUGCAUGCUAAAGAGCACAGCCAGGGGAAAGAUAUGGUGCAGACCAGGGGAUGGGCUGGUGGAGGUGCUGUAAUUCCAGUGACUUCAGUGGGGUUACAACAAGGAUCAGUUCAGCAUGUUGUUUUGUUUCACGUUCCAGCACAAGCAUAAUAAACAUUUCCAGAUUACUAUUAACAAGUAAAUGGGAGUGGAAUAACUGAAAUGUGAAAUGCAAAUCCGGGUUACCAAUGAAACCAAACACAGCACACUGAAGGAGCAAACAUCUUAUGAUUAGGGCAUUUGCUAGGGUUGGGACUUACUGAAAUUUGCUAUUUGUUUCUUGCAGAUUAUGGCUCAAUUUCAAGAUGGAUAUUUUGGGUAUCAGUUUUUAAAAAAUCCCUGAAAUUGUUUAGGUCCCAACCCUGCAGAUGACUCCACAUGAACAUAGUGUGACAGAUGCUGGUGAGCAGUGAUUUCAAGGGUCAGCCUUAGUCUGCGUCUUUUUCGCAGUUCUAAUUUUCAGUUCAAAGGAUGCUUUCCUGCAUAGCACAGGAAAAGCUGCAUGCUUGCAGACCACAUUGUUCCCUCCAUCUCUAGAUUUAUUAAUAACCAUCUGCACAACAGACACGGGAACGUUAUCCGCGGAAAAGUUGAAAAACGGCAAAGUUUGAAUUUCAAAAUUUCUGAUCUGGUUGUUUUCAGUGCUUUAUUUUCAAAAACCCAAGCUAUGAAAAAUGACUUCAGGUUAGAUUGUAUCUAUUUCUUACCAGUUUCCAACCUAUUGUCACUAUCCCUGCUUAGAAAGAAACGAAAGAGAAGCCAAUUUAGAUGCUCCAGACAUGUUAGCAAAAUCCUGAAGAUGAGUAUAGACUAUGUAGAAGCUGGUGUCAUUGUUCUUUACAACCAUAGGUUUCUCCAUUACUAAGAAAUACAUGGAGACAUUCAGGAAAGUUAAGAUGAAUCAGAUAAAUGUGUGAAGUUAAAGUACAUUAAUUACAGAGGGUUACACCACUGUGUAAAUGCUGUCAUUCAAGACAAAAGUGAUGUUAGUUCACUGUCGCUAAAUUCUCCGCUACUGUGAAUUAAUGUUGCUUUACCUCACAACUUUAGUUAUUUCAUCUUAACUUUCCUGAAUGUCCCCGUGUACACAAACCCUAGGAGAUGCCAUGACUUUAAGGAUGACUGCUGCAGCCCUGGGGCCUGUUUUCUCCAGUGAGCAGCUAGUAAUUCUCACCACAGGUUUUUCUACCUUCCCAUCAGGCGGAGAAGGCAAGUAGCAGCCUUGUGAACAGAGACAUAGCCCCAGGGAGAGGCUCCUUAGUCAGUUUGUGAAUCAUUUCCCUAGUACCACUCCCGUAUUCUGUUGUUUUGGGACAUAUCUUCAAGAUGUAGUUAAAUUCCCCCUCCUUCUUCAACAUUCCCUGGAGAUAUGCUGCUGUUCAUGUAGGUUCCCAUUUGCAGAUACAAAUGCAUAUUUGGAGCAUGCAGUUACCUGAUUGCUGAUGUGUUCGCAUGUUCUGAGUAUACUAGUGCAUUGCCAUGAUUGGCCUGGGUGUAAAUCAGUGCAGAAUUUGGCCAUAGGCACUUCUUUUUGAAAAUGCUGCCCAUUACUUAUUGCCUUUCAUUCAGGUCUGCAGCACCCAUACCAGCAGUGAUGAGAUUGCUGAGGAAUGCUGUGUGUAGCUUAGCAAUAUUCACAAAAAGAAAAGGAGUACUUGUGGCACCUUAGAGACUAACCAAUUUAUUUGAGCAUAAGCUUUAGCUCACUUCAUCCGAUGAAGGAGCUGUAGCUCAUGAAAGCUUAUGCUCAAAUAAAUUUGUUAGUCUCUAAGGUGCCACAAGUACUCCUUUUCUUUUUGCGAAUACAGACUAACACGGCUGUUACUCUGAAACUUAGCAAUAUUCGUCAGUGUAGUUGGGAUCAAGUAAUAUGACUUACCGUUUUUGUCCCCUCUCCUGUCAACUAAGAGACAGAAAAAAGACACAAGAAUUUUUAUAUAAACCAGAAAGAAGGAAGACUUGGCCAGUCCAAUGUCCUUGCACUAUAUUGUAAGUGAACUCAUUUCCACUCAGGCUUGAAAAUCAGAAUAAUAGUGCAUUUAUCUUAAUAUGUGCAUUGUGUCUUCUCUGCAGAUUUAAGCCAGUAGCUGGAAGGAUAGAUUUGGAAGAUUUUAGACAUGUCUAACACUUUCAUCUUCCCGGUGAAACAUGAAACCAUUUUUUUCCCCUUUCAAAACUUGUUUGAGGAGCUUCAUUAAGUUAUUUUGUCUUCCUUAGUAGAUAACUUCAUGCUGGUGUCACUUAAAACAGAUUGGAGUGCUGUUAAGAGUUUGAAAAGAUUGUCUAACGACAAUACACAUUUGUUCUCAGUUUCUGGUUAGUAACUGCUCCUUCAAUAUGCUUUGUGGUAACUUGUAAACUCAGAUCAGCUUCCAUAUGCAAUGAAAAGAGUCAGCCUGGAAAAGUAAUGAGCGGGUUAUUGGUCUUACAAGGUGAAAGACUUAAUUUUGUGAUUCUGAUAAUUUCCUGGUGUUUCCUGUCAGGCAUGGACUGUCUUUUCUUUGACGUUUGCCUGUUUUAAACUUUUACUUGCUCUGAUGCUGAAGGUUUUGCCAUCCUUUCCCCAUUCAGAGGCACACCUUGGAAAGUUGUCUUCACCCAGAUGGUCCAAAAGUCCUAUCAUUUGGGGAGAGUCACUAAAUCUUUUUGGAAAGAUUUGUUAAGCUUGAAUUAGCUACCACCCUUUGAAGCCAAAUCCCUUUGAGAAGUAGUUGCCUCUCUCGAGAUGUUUAUGCUGUGGCCAGUUUUAAAAUUCAAGUUAAUCUUUACAAAGAGAAAAUUAUUUUCUUCUGUUAUGAAUAUGGCAGGGAUGCCUUGAGGUGGGCAGUGGGUCUGGCUCAGCUAGGGUCCUCCAGGGCUCCUCAGAAGUAAGCUUAAAGUACUUAAGAGGAAAUAAUUGCAGGUCAGCCAAGUGCUGCUCACUCUCAUGGAGUGAAGUCACUGGAGUCAUGGACAAAUGUAAAUCCGGAGUAAUAGGUGUAAAUCAGGAGUAAGUCUACUGAAGUCAAUGGAAAAAAGCUGGUGUAAAAGGUGACCACAGAAUCAGCCCCUAGAAAGAGAGGAGAGCACUCAGCACUGCCAAUGCUGUAUCCCAAAGACCUAAUACUGAGCGGUCCUGAGCACCUGUAGGUCCCAUUGACUUCAAUGGAAGUUGGGAGAACUCAGCCCUUAGAAGGGCUGGGUCUUAAGACAGAGGAGUAUGUAAUGAAUGAAAAACCUCCUCUUUCUCUCCAUCCCUUUCCCCUCUUUGAUAUCUAUUAACACCCUUUCAGGAUUCAGGUGUGGGGGUAGGGGCGGUUUGGUCUUUGUUUUGCUAUGACACACUCCACAUGUUGGACAUUACUUUAUAUCUAUUGAAAAGAACAGUCACAAGAAGAUUCGCCACCCACCCCCAUUGGCGGGAACAAGCAAAGCACCCAACCUGUCCUGGAGCCAUGGUCAUCUCUGUCCACCACACACACUUGGGUCCUGAUCCUGCAGUUAGCGCUCCCUUGAGCUGUCCCGGUGCCACUGCACUGUUCAUCCCCUCAGACUUCGUGGGGAAGCUCAGGCAAACAAGGGCAGCAGACACAUACUGGGGAGGGCUGGGGUAUGGUCUUAUGCUAUUGCAAUGUAUUGAGGAGCACAGAAAGUGCUACUGAGCUCUGUGAUGAGAGAACAAUGUGCCUUUCUCCUUUGGUAGGAAAACACCGCCAGUGGUUGGCUACAAGGCCCACAGUGGGUGGCAGCUGGUGUGGAUUUUGUCUUGUGAUUCCCUCCCCCACCUUGUGUGUCCCAUUUAAAUGAUAAGAAAACCAGUGUCGUGCACAGAUUUGGACGUUCCAGUUGAAAGCCCCCCUUGUCAGGCAUCAUCUCUGACUCCAGUAAGCAUAUUAAUUUAAAUGUAAGCACUGGUUCAGGAAGUGGGGAAAUAAUUGGCCAUCAGUGUUGUUGCCAUGAAUUACUUCAUUUCCCAAAGGGCUUCUCACAAGGAAAUGCAUUUAUGUUAAUUACUUCCUCAAAAUGUUCAUCCACAGAAGAGAAUAUUGAUCCUACAUGCUUUGUGAUUGAAACGGGCCUUACGUUUUGUUCUGGAGGCAAACAGGUGUUUCAGCUGUACAAUCUUGCAGAAUACAGUUAGUGUAUCAAACACAGCACUUUGGGCCAGAUUUUCAAAUGUAUUUAUGUGCCUAAUUCCUAAAGAUGCAGAGAGGAAUUGACAGUCACUGGGACUUAGGUGCCUAUAUGCGUCUUUUGGACCUGAUCCAAAGCCCGUUGAAAUCAAUGGAAAGACUCCCAUUGACUUCAGCCUACUUUGGAUCAGGCCCUUAUUCAGGUGGCUAGGCCAGAAAAAUAUCUAUCCCAGAAGCCAUUUCUUUGCAUAGUAAUGAGAUUUUUGCAUCAUUAAUGAAACUGUUCUGUGCAAGCAGUGUGACUGUGUGAGUUGCUAACAACCCUUGCAGUAAGGGGGCCUUAUAGAUGGUUAGGGUUUAAGUUUUGGGACAUAAAACUAACUUUAAAAGGAUAUUUUGUUUUAAGUUGAUAGGUUUUAGUGAUGGGGGUUUUGUUUUGUGUUAAGUUUCAUUUUGCUUUCUCCCCUCCCUUCAGAAACCUGACAAACCAGGCUUUUUUGAAAGAUUCCCUUUCUUUUUCAAUGGUUUGUGGGACAGCUCUAUUUCUGAGUCUUUCUGUAAAAGUGAAUUGGUGUUUGUCUAUACAGUGAGUCUGCUUGUUUGCGAAAUGAGAAGUUGACCGAGGUUGCUGUUCUGUACAUUUACUGAUCUUCUCUACUUUCAUAUUGCAAGCAACACAUAUUGCACUCCUAUGCCACUAUAAUCUGCAUCACUGUUGUACUCAGAUCAAGUCAAUGAAUAAAGUUUUGUGCUUUAUUCUUAA